GCUAAAAUGGAACAUGCAUCAUAACAAACAGGCGUGCGUUUCUCGUGACUAGUUUUCUUCCCUAAAUUUCAACAAAAAUUGCCGUGUUUUGAAUUGAACGUCUGAAAAAAAUCAAGGUUUUUCACAGCAGGAUAAUGAGCUCUGAAGAGAAUCCAGAGGAAUCAAGUGCUGACAGUGCCGUGGAUGAUGACAAGGAUGAAUCUUUAUUUGUCAGGCUCUGCGAUCGGGACGAGAGUAAGAAUAUUUUCUCGGCAGCUAAAAUACCAUGGAUCGCUUCUGGAUCAACCACAAAUCCGAAUACCCUAAGGACGGAGGAUGUGGCCACCAUCUCGAAAUACUUGUUGUCUCCUGAAGAGGAAAUCCAAGGAUAUAACUUGUUCAUGUACAAAGUUUGGACUCACGCCAUGCCUUACUUUCUGCCUCCUAUCUUUCAUUCAAAAGCGUUUAAACUAACGGAAGAAAAAAUUGAAAAUCCGCUGGAAAGUAUGAGAAGCGCUCUUUAUUUUUUCUGGGCAAGCUGCGCUCACUCCAGUGAAUUCUCCAAAACUGCAACCCAGGAGGAAAACUGCGAAGAGUUGUUGGAAUCUAAUAUUCUGGAUUAUUUUUUGGAACUUAAAAGAAAUGUCAUGCCCCGCUUUGAUGAGUGCAGUGCAGUGCAUGUCAGCGAUUUUCUCUUUGACAAAUUGAUUAUCCUGCAAAUGAUGUACAACCCUGUCCUCUUGCACCAAUGGCUGAUGGUUGCGUACGGCCAGUAUCUGGUGAUUCAAGCAAAACUGAAUUCAAGGCCAGUAGCCGGGCGCUAUCCUGAAAUUGAGUCGCUUGCAAAGUAUCUCUCAGAAAGAGCUGGAAGCCUUUUAGGGCAGAUCAAACUUAUGUUUGAUUAUUUGCAUGAACUGACCACGUGUCAUCCGGAGCAAGACCAAAGCAAGAGGAUUUUAUUGCUCGGAGCAAAGAAGUUUGUCUCAUGCGUUCAAGAUAUUCUGAAGAUCUUGGACUCGUUUGAUUGUGGCUAUACCCACCAGCUAGACAAUCUUAUUAAGGCUUCAUUCAUAUUUGAUCCAAGCUCGUUAAAAAGUGUAAGAUUGGAAGAAGUGCCAUGCUCCGUGCCAACAUUAAACAAGAACGUCCUAUUUUGGAAACGUAACUCUGAAAAUCCGGACCUUGGAAUAAAAGAUGACGUUAGUAAAUAUAAAACAAAAUUGAGCAAUAGAGAGCAGGAUGAGCUAACAAAAGUAAUAAUGGAGGAAGGCUCAAAAAGCGACCUUGUCUGGCUGACAGAAGAUGAUUCUAGUAACCAAUAUUUCAUCAAGGACCUAUUGAAACAGGAAAAUUCUAUAUUUUCAAAACUUUAUGAAGAUAUUAUGGAGCGUAAAGAUGCCUAUGACGUUUGCAAAAGUGAUUUUGGCCCAUACCACAGCAUUCACAUUGCCGAGGGAGAAGUGCACAGACAAUAUUGCUUGGCUCUUUUCAAAACUUUCAUAUUGGGAAGGGCAAAACUCACUGUUGAACUAGAGCCAUCACUCUCAUUACCAACUUUAAGCCGUUCACAUAAGGAAGCGCUAAUUAACGAAAUCCUUAGCUAUUUAAAUUCAUUGGCAUUGUAUCAUGAACGAUGGAAUAUUGGAUUGAAGGACCAUUUUGAUUUUCUACAGCCUAUAAUAAAACCUAUCAAAGUAUUCCGGUACAACCUGAAUAGUCUCAGCACUGCAAAUUUAAUUCAAGGGUUCAAUUACAUGAUUGAAGAAACCGUCGUCCAGUUGCUGAAAAAACAACUGUUGGAAAAGUGGAAGCCUGAAUAUUCAUACGAAACAACCCUUGUCAACUAUGUUUUGCCUUGGUUCGUCGCUGCCUACCAGUUUCUUGCAACAGACAACGAAUCGAGGGCCUCAGAAAAAUUGCUCCAAAAGUACAGAUUUUUUCUUUACAUUUUGCUCUCCAACUAUGAUGUUUCAAAAUGCGUCACUUCUCCAAAGUGGUGUGGCCACCAUAUCCCGAGUAUUUUGGCCUUGUUUCCAACCCUUCAUGUCACUGAAAUCACUGAACUGAUCCGCUGGAAACUGUGCUGCGUCGAAUCCGAGUACAACAGACUCUUUGAAGAAGACAAAGCUCCCUUGCUCGAUUCGUAUUUUACAGAGCAGCUGGACAUUUUCACGCGUUAUUACUAUGUUCUGGAUUUCGAAUACGCAGACAAAAUUUGGGAGCAAAAUUUUGCCAUUAGUUCAAGACACUCAUAUAGAUUUUUGUCCAAAUUGGCCCUUUCUUUGAAGGUUUCCGCUGAUAACUUUGCUUCUGACACUGCGAUGCAAACCACAUACGAAGUCUUGUGGUAUUUUGUCACAGCAAUUACUAAUCUCCUUCCUUGGAAAAGAAAUGAAAAGGAUUUUAGUUUUGAAAUUGAAGCUUAUAUUGACAUUCUGGAUUCUAAAUUGUCUAGAAAACAGUCAAAGUAUGAAUCGAUAUUUGAUUGCAAAAAUCUAUCAUUGAAUCAAAUUGCUGGUGUUGUGAUAUAUCAAAUAUUAGAAAACAUUAGUGACGAAAAACAGACAAAAUUCAAAGAGGAGUUCAAAUCAUUGGAGCCUCUGGAUGAUUUAGAAAGGUCUGUAUUUGGAAUCCUGCGGAGGGACCCUUGGGAGACAAAGCAGGUUUUUUGUCAAAAGUGGUUCAAUGAUUCAAAACGCCAAGAUCUGUCCCUUGUGUCUUUUGAGUUUGCAAAAACCAAUGCUUCAAAAUUUUAUGCCCCAAUACUUAAAAAUGUAAGUUCCCAUUUUCAUGUAAGAAUGAGAAAAAGAGGAGAAAUAAGUUUCUUCCCAGUGAAACAUUGUCGGUGGUGUGGAAAAGUUGAUGUAGAGGAAUUUAGAAUUUGUCAGGAGUGUCUUUGUGAAGAGGAGUAUCCUGAUGUCAAUCUAUUUUGUUCAGACAUUUGUGAGAACAAUGCUAUGAAAAAAGUUCAUAAACAGGAGCAUGAGAGAUUUCUCAUAAGCAAAUGUGACAUUUAACAAUGAUUGCUCAGCUCAAGUUGUACGAAAAUUUCUUCUAAGUGAAUAAACAAGAAUUAAUAAAAAAGAACU